AUGGUGCCAGAUCAUCAACGUUCUGAAUCCCGCUCUUCUCUCCUCGCCUCGAUGGACGGGACUCUCAAUGAAACAAACUGGAGCAUUUCCACCUCUGCUGGAAGCAAAUACCGCCUCUACAUUGGCUUGGCUUUGGCCAUAAGUUCCAGUAUCUUUAUUGGUUCUAGUUUCAUACUGAAGAAGAAAGGACUUUUGAAACUGGCAGACAAGGGAGUCCCCCGAGCUGGACAGGGUGGAUAUUCUUACUUGAAGGAAUGGCUGUGGUGGGCUGGAUUGCUUUCAAUGGGAUUAGGAGAAGCUGUGAACUUCGCUGCCUACGCCUUCGCACCUGCAACCUUAGUUACCCCCUUGGGUGCACUGAGUGUUCUGAUAAGUGCUAUAUUGUCAUCUUACUUUUUAAAUGAGAAGCUGAAUAUUCAUGGAAAGCUGGGCUGUGUGCUGAGCAUUUUGGGGUCGACGGUCAUGGUUAUUCACGCCCCUGAGGAGGAGGAGGUCACAUCACUAGACGAGAUGGAAAGAAAGCUACAAGAUCCAGCGUUUGUUACGUUUGCUGUCCUCAUAACAGUUGUGGUCCUCACGCUGAUUUUUAUCGUGGCUCCAAGGAAAGGUCAGACGAAUAUACUGAUCUACAUUUUGAUUUGCUCACUCAUUGGUGCCUUCUCUGUCUCGUCUGUGAAGGGCCUGGGCAUUGCUAUUAAACAAAUGUUGGAGUGGAAGCCAGUUUAUCGACAUCCAUUGGUUUAUGUUUUGGUGGGCAUCUUGGUGCUCUCAGUCAGCACUCAGAUCAACUAUCUCAACAAAGCAUUGGAUGUGUUCAGUACAUCUCUAGUGACACCUAUUUAUUACGUGUGUUUCACCACGACAGUUGUGACAUGCUCCAUCAUCCUGUUCAAGGAGUGGAGUAGUAUGGACCUGGGUGACAUCAUUGGAACCCUCAGUGGAUUCUGCAGUAUCAUCAUAGGCAUUUUUCUACUGCAUGCUUUCAAAAAUACUGAUAUCACCUGGAGUCAGUUGAUGUCUGCUGUUGCCAAAGAACCAUCGCUGCCAUGCCGUGAAUCCGAAACCUGUCACACUUUACUGGAGAGCAUGGAGGAGCCAGCUUCGGCAUAUGAGGACAACAUUUCAUUCAGUCCAUGAAACUUUAAAGUGGUGCUCAUCAUCAAAGUAUCGUGACUUCCAGGCUCAGCCCACCUGUGUCCACCAAAAUGCUCUUCUUUUCUGCAGACAACUGUCUCUGGACAACUGUCUGUAAGGCCAGUUAAGUGUGGGUCAUUCCUCUGUGCCAGGUGUUGGUAGUAAUGAAUGAAAAUGUCCAAUAAUUAACAUGACAGACAGGAACCUGAUGGUGAUUGUAUGUCAGGCAAUGAAAAACCUCGUCCUUUUUUUAUGCAGCAUCUCCUACUGGACAAUUUUAGGAGAAAAUAUUGGUGUUUGUAAGCUAUGUUUACAAAGGGCAGUUUUCCCAUUAUGAUAAAAGAUAAUCCUUACUGAAGUGACAAGCGAUCUGCUCUAUCUUAGCGAUGGCCUUAAUAUUUCAGGCUUUCUUUAUAUUAUUAUAAUGUAUUGCCAUCAGACUUGUAGACAGUCUACCUGAAGGAUACUCAUUGGAGAUAUAAUAUGAAGAAAAUAUUUUUAAACCUUUUAGCUUUCCAUAUAAAAUUUUGUGCAAGUUAUUUUUCAUUUUUCAUGACCUACCAAUGAGCCUUGAAUAGAAGUCACCAAAAAAUUCAUGAAAUGUGGUUCUUGGUAACCGUUCUCCUUCAAAAUCCACUUUUUAACAGCAAAGUCUUAGCUCUUUUGCCUUAGGAGACCUGAAUGGAUUGCAAAUCCCUGGAUGUGCAUAUGCCUUUCUAUUUCAAAAUUAUUACCAAGUUACAUUUUAAGACAAAGCAAAUUCAUUAGAGGCCUGAACACAGUUGCUGUUGGCUUAAAAAAAUUUCAUAAGAUAAAAGAAUAGAUUAUUUGAAGGCAGAAGAAAAACGGAAUGUGCAUUUAAGAAUUUCCACUCUGUUUUAUACUACUUUGAGGCUUAGAAAGGGCUUUACUUAUUUCCAUGCUUCUUUCUAAUAUUGCCGUCUGUCUAUUCAUCAAAACCCAGUUAAGCUUUUCAAAUUUUUUUCUCAUUUUCCAAAAAGAUAUCAUUGUCUCUUAAUAGCAAAACAGUUCCGUUAUUUUAUAUUCCUUUAUAAAAGCAAAAUCCAUUUUCCAAUCUAUGCGCUAUUUCUAGAAAUGCUAGGCAAAGGAAGGGCUGCAGACAAGGGGUGAGAAACAUCAAAACAUCUUUUAUUGUAGUUUCGCCUUUUCAUCUCUUCUAAAAAUGAAUAUUCACUUCUAUUAGAUGUUUUAGCUAUUAAUCUACCAUAGGCCUUGAAGAUUAAUAUCUGUACCACAGUGUGCACCUCAGUUGUGGUCACUGAUCUUUAUCUCACAAAAACAGCUUGCACAGUCCAUGGUUUACUCAUUACAAUCCCCUUUGUUGGCACUUUGUGAGCAAGAACAUAGCUUCAGCAGUCCCACGUGUGGGUCAUGACGGGCUCAUCAGAAAGGUAAUAUUUCCAAUUCUUGGUUUUCUAAGUGUGAGUCCAGAACCUUUGCCAGAGGAUGCUGGCAA